CACUCUCAUAUGAUAAACUGGGCUGUGGAGAAUCCAACGUUUAUCCAAAGCAAUGGCAGUGAUAAUCCAUUGCUCUUGCUUCCUUACCCGCCCAUGCUCCGUUCCAUCUCCAUCCUACGCCAAACCCCAGUUUCCCGGAAAGGUAGCAUCUUUUAUGUGUAAAGUAGAAAAUUUUAGACCAUCCUUUAAAGAUGUUAAUGGACCUGUUGAGCUUCAUCCUUUGUUGCGAGAAAGGGGUAAACAGUCCUUACUCCGUUGCCAGAAGGCAGAGGGAUACCGGGUCUUGGAUUGCAUUUCAUCAGAUUAUGAUGAAUUUUUGCAACAGUUAUCUGCUCUUGAGGGAGGCUUACGGUCAAGAGUACCAGUGACAGCAUUUCUUGCUGCCAACAUUUUGAUAUUUACUGCUCCUUUGAAAGCCCUGGCAGAAACAUGUGAGGCUGAUAACUCCUUUUUCAACAUGCCUUUACUGCUAUUUGUAGCCCUUAUUGGUGCCACAGUUGGAGGAUUGCUUGCACGGCAGAGGAGAGGGGAAUUGCAGCGACUAAAUGAGCAGCUGCGCCAGAUAAAUGCUGCUCUAAGAAGGCAGGCUAAAAUAGAGUCAUAUGCUCCCAGCCUGAGUUAUGCUCCUGUUGGUAGAAUAUCGGAAGAUGAAGUGAUUGUUGAUCCAAGAAAGGAAGAGUUAAUUUCUCGAUUGAAGACUGGGAAAAUUUUUUUAAGAAAUCAAGAACCUGAGAAGGCUUUUCCUGAGUUUAAGACAGCCCUGGAGCUUGCUCAAAGUCUAAAAGAUCCUAUUGAGGAGAAGAAGGCUGCGAGGGGUGUAGGUGCAUCAUUGCAAAGGCAAGGUAAAUAUCGAGAAGCCAUUAAAUACCACUCAAUGGUUUUAGCAAUCUCUGAGCGAGAAGGGGAGGACUCUGGAAACACAGAAGCUUAUGGAGCAAUUGCCGAUUGCUACACCGAGCUUGGAGACCUUGAGAAAGCAGGGAAAUUCUAUGACAAAUAUAUUGCUAGGUUGGAAACAGACUAAUGAAGCUGCAUAUUCCAUAGCUCUGCCUUUAAUGUAAUCUAAAUAGUUGUAGAGAUUGCAGACAGGUUGCGGAUAUAACCUUCCCUUUUUGGCCUUUGUCUCCUACUACAGUAUUGCUUUUGUUAGUUGCAGAAACUGAAAUUGUGAACUUAACCAUUCCUCGGUUGGAUCAUGUGUUGUAACAUUCCGUUUCCCUUUUCUUCCCA